CGUUGCGGAAUUGCAGAUAAAUACGGGUUGAUGCAGCAACAAUUGCUGUCGCGAUGCCGAUGCAGGGGACUCUAAAACCUGUUGCGAACUUGCGGCAACCACAAUUUGAAGCCCUGAUCUCAACAAUAUAUAAAGGAAAAUGUUUGGUAGACGUCUAAUGUGUAUAAAUAAGCAGAAAGAAAGAGAAAAAAAAUAUGUAAUGGAUAUGAUAUAUGAUGCAAUGUGGCAGGAAAAGAGAGAUGAAAAACAAAAGUAGGUGUGUAUGAGGUGUCUGUACUAUUUGCAAGUUUAAGAACAAGAGUUUGAAAUAUAAAUAGUCACGAUUCGCUGCCACCAAACAGUAUAGACACCUCAUGUACGUUCCUUUUUUUAUCUCUCAUUUCUUAUCACAUCGCUUUACGUUACUUGUCUCUUUGUCUUUCUUUUCUUACUCUUGCUUCUCUAUCCAACAUUUUCCAAAAAUUAAAAUAGCAGUUGGUUUGAAAGCCUGAACAUCUAUAAAGAGGCACUCUUCACUAGUGCUCAUUUUGACCUGCAAGAAGAAACCUUAGUUGCAUUUUUCAUUUGGGUUUCCUCUACCUCUCUAAUGGCACUAGCCAACAACAAAAUCCCAUAUGGUUCAACCAUGAGUAGCAAGUUUCAAACUUCUGUUUUUGAUGAAACUGCUAUGGAGAUUAACUCUCUGCAAAAAUCUCUGGUUGAAGAGGAAGAUGGCUCACAGACCACUAAUGGGCUCAGCAAUGAUUCAGCAUCAGCCACAACCCUUUCUUCUCCUCCUCCUCCAUGUAGCAAUAAUGGUUAUGCUUACAAGAGCACAAAUUAUCCACCUGAAGAAGCAGAAUCUCUGAUUGAUUUCAAAGCCAAAGAGUGCAGCAGCAACAUCAUGCAGGGUAGUGAAUCUUUGCUCAGCUUUCAGCAGAGUUGGUUGGUCUCUAAUGAGGACAAUUCGCCUGAAGGUUAUGACCAAUGGAAUCAUGUUAGUCCAAAAAGCACCACAAGCUUGCACAUGAUGCAGGGUUUCAGUGGCUAUAGCUCAAUAUUCAACAAUGAAAAAGAGAAGCAACAUGAUGAAAGUUCAUAUGGAUGGCUAUACUCUGAAACUGAAGUCCCUGGUGAUCGCCUACUAGAGACAGCAACACGAGAAUCUGUCUUGAGGAAACGCUCUUCAAUGGGAGAGAGCAUGCUAGCUUCCAAUGCCAAGAAGCCAUGCACAGAAGCAAGUAAAGGUGAAAAGCCUAAGUCAAACCCAUCUAAGGAUCCUCAAAGUGUUGCUGCUAAGAACAGAAGAGAGAGAAUAAGUGAGCGGCUUAAGAUCCUACAAGAACUGGUUCCCAAUGGCUCCAAGGUUGAUUUGGUUACCAUGUUGGAGAAAGCGAUUAGUUAUGUUAAGUUUCUUCAGUUGCAAGUGAAGGUUUUGGCAGCUGAUGAAUUUUGGCCUGUCCAAGGAGGAAAAGCUCCUGAUGUUUCUCAAGUAAGACAAGCCAUUGAUGCUAUUCUUUCAUCUCAAAGAUGAUGAUGAAUUGAAGAUCUUGGAUCCAAGAAAUAAUUAUCAUCAUUGAUGGUUCAAGCUACUUAGAAAACAAGAAAAGAAAAGCCUUAUUCAGGAAGUAGGCCAUUCUGAAGGGCAGUUUAGAAAUUCAGAAUGCAUGACCCUUUCUAAUUUUUUAACUUCUAAAUCAAAAUUUUGCUGCAAAAUGUAACAUUUUGUGUUUCUGGCAGUUCAUGUGUAUUCUGGGGCAAACUUCCCCAGCAUUUCAUUCACAAAGCAGUACGUGUCUAUGUUGUACUUUUCUUUGUACUAGUGGUGAUGAUUUCUGAUAAUUAUCUUACUACUCAAUAAACUAUUAUAUAUAAUGCA